AUGGUUUUCCAGCGCUCGUUCCCCAUCGCGGUGCCAACUUCCAGCACAAGUGCUCAGAACCCCCCCGGACCCCUUCAGACCCCAGUCCCCGGCAGCGCAGCCCCCGGCCCGGCUGGCCGCGGCGGGAGGACGGGCGGCGGCGGCGGAGGAGGAGGAGGAAGAGGAGGAGGGAGGAAGAGGAGGGAGGGAGGACACGGGCACGAACACGGGGGUGGAUCUUCCCUCCCCGCCCGCCCCGCUUCCCCCCCCCCCGCCCCCCCGGGGCUCCCCCGGCCCCGCUCAGGGGACACCGCCUCGGGGGCUCCCCCGGUUCCUCCCCCAGCCCCGGUGGCUCCGGAGUCAUCCGGAUCCGAGCCCCUCGCCCUGCCCCGGGGCUCCGCAGCUGCCCAGAUGUGGCGCACAGCUGGAGCGGCGGCAGAAGAGGAAUACUGCCUGCAGAUGGGUGCCCGCCACGCCAGCGCCCUGUGCCACCGCUGCGAUGCCAGUGACCCCCAGCACCACCACAACGCCUCCUUCCUCACCGACUUCCAUAGCCAGGAGGAGAGCACCUGGUGGCAAAGCCAGUCCAUGGCCUUCGGCAUCCAGCACCCCAACUCUGUCAACAUCACUCUCCAUCUGGGCAAAGCCUAUGAGAUCACCUACGUGAGGCUGAAGUUUCACACCAGCCGCCCCGAGAGCUUUGCCAUCUACAAGCGCAGCCGCGCCGGGGGGCCCUGGGUGCCCUUCCAGUACUAUAGUGCAUCCUGUGAGAAGACCUACGGGAAGCGGCAGCGGCUCUACCUGCGCCCGGGGGAGGAUGAGCAGGUCGCCUUCUGCACUGAUGAGUUCAGCGACAUCUCCCCACUGAGUGGGGGCAACGUGGCCUUCUCCACCCUCGAGGGACGGCCCAGCGCGUACAACUUCGAUGGCAGCCCCGCGCUGCAGGAGUGGGUGACCGUCACUGACCUGCUCAUCUCCUUGAACCGGCUCAACACAUUUGGGGAUGACAUCUUCAAGGACCCCAAGGUGCUGCAGUCGUACUACUAUGCCAUCUCCGACUUCUCUGUUGGUGGCAGGUGCAAAUGCAAUGGCCACGCCAGUGAGUGUGCACCGGACGAGGCCGGGCGGCUGGUGUGUGUGUGCCAGCACCAUACAGCCGGCACCGACUGCGAGCUCUGCCAGCCCUUCCAUCAGGACCGGCCCUGGGCCCGCGGCACCGCCGAGGCUGCCAAUGAGUGUCUGCCUUGCAACUGCAGCGGCCGCUCGGACGAGUGCUUCUAUGACCGGGAGCUGUUCCGACGGAGCGGGCACGGGGGACACUGCCGCAACUGCCGCGACAACACGGCCGGGCCGCACUGCGAGCGCUGCCGGCCCAACCACUACCGCUGGGAGCCGCAGGCACCCUGCCAGCCCUGCCACUGCCACCCCGCGGGCUCCCUGCAGCCGCAGUGCGAUAGCUUGGGGACCUGCCUCUGCAAAGCCAAUGUGACGGGGUGGAAGUGUGAGCGCUGCAAGGACGGGUACCACAGCCUCAGCGAAGGCGGGUGCAGACCUUGUGCUUGUGACCCAGCGGGAAGCGUGGGCUCCUGCGACCCCAACACGGGGCAUUGCACCUGCAAGGAGAGGGUGGAGGGGCACUUGUGCAACAGGUGCCAGCCGGGCUGGUUCAACCUGCAGCCCCAUAAUGCUGCUGGCUGCACCAGCUGCUUCUGCUACGGCCACUCCACUGCCUGCACAGCAGCAGACGGCUACGAGGUGGCUCAAAUCCGCUCUGACUUCAGCCAAGGGCCAGAGGGCUGGACUGCUGCAGCUCCGGGUACCACAGACCUGCCACUGCACUGGGCUGAUGGGGAGAUCAUCACUGAGUGGGAUGGAGAGGAGCCCGUGGAUUUCCUUGCACCAGAGAAGUUCCUGCAGAACCAGCGCCUCAGUUAUGGGCAGCUCCUGUCCCUGCAGCUGGGAGUGGAGGGGACGGUGAUAGAGACUGGGAUGCCCCUGCUCCAGGUCCAGCUGGUGCUGGAGGGCGAGGGGCUGGAGAUCACCAUGCCCAGCAGCGAGAGCCAUCCCCAGCAUGGAAAGCAGGCUGUCACCUUCAGGCUGCAUGAGGCAGAGGAGGGUGUGGAGCCUUCGUUGUCAGCCUUCAGCUUCCAGCGCCUGCUCUCCAACCUGACUGCUCUCUACCUUCGUGUGAGCCACGGCCCUGGGCAAGGCAGGCUGUCCCUGAGCGAGGUCCAGCUCACAUCCGCCCGCCCCGGGCCAGGAGCAGGGGCAGGCUGGGUGGAGGAGUGCUCGUGUCCCACGGGAUACACCGGGCAGUUCUGCCAGUCCUGCGCACCCGGCUUCAAGCGCGAGAUCCCCUUCGGUGGCCCCUUCGUCAGCUGCGUGCCCUGCGCCUGCAACCAGCAUGGGGAUUGUCACCCCCUCUCAGGGCACUGCCAGUGCUUACACAACACAGAAGGUCCCUCCUGCGAGCGCUGCAGCCCCGGGUUUUAUGGCAACCCCUUCACAGGGCGUUUUGAUGACUGCAAACCAUGCCCCUGCCCCGGCAGCUCGCCCUGCACUGAGGUGCCCAGCACAGGGGAGGUUGUCUGCACCCAUUGCCCACCAGGACAGAGAGGGAAACGCUGUGAGCUCUGUGAUGAUGGAUUUUUCGGGGACCCUCUGGGGCAGAGGGGCCCUGCGCAUCCCUGUGUCCCCUGCCAGUGUCAUGGGAAUGUGGAUCCUAACGCCGUGGGCAACUGCGACCCUGUGUCCGGCCGGUGCCUGCGCUGCCUGCACAACACAACGGGCGAGCACUGCGAGAGGUGUCAGCAGGGCUUCUAUGGGGAUGCGCUGGCUGUGAAUCCUGCUGGGAAGUGCGCACCUUGUGCUUGCAACCCUGAUGGCUCAGCCCCAGGGCUGGAGGGCUGCGAUCCCAGCUCGGGCCAGUGCCGCUGCCUCCCACAUGUGACAGGCAGAACCUGUGGGCUCUGCCAGCCCGGCUACUACGACCUGCAGCCCACCAUGGGGUGCAAGAGCUGCCAAUGCCACCCGAUGGGGUCACAGGACAGCGAGUGCCAUGCGCUGACGGGGCAGUGCUCCUGCCAGCCUGGUGUCACAGGGAAGCAGUGUGACCGGUGCCACCACGGCUUCUUCGGCUUCUCUGCCAGGGGGUGCCGAGCCUGCAACUGCUCUCCUCUGGGCUCCAUCACGCCGCAGUGCCAUGAGAACAGCACGUGUCUGUGCCGCCCCGGCUUCGUGGGCUACAAGUGUGACCGGUGCCAGGCCAACUUCUUCCCCGACCCACCCAGCUCCCGCUGCCAGCAGUGCCCUGCCUGCUAUGGGCUGGUGAAGGACGAGGCUGACCAGCUGAAGGCCAGGCUGCAGGAGAUGGAGGAAUGGCUGCAACAAACAGGCUGUGAUGCCCGCCCGGGCCAGUCCCUCCUGAUGAGAGAUGCAGCCCGGGGAGAUGGGCUGCCCAGUGCUCACCUCCUGCAAGGUGCCCGGGCCAUCCUCUUGGCACAGGUAGGGUGGCUGGCAGGGGCGCUGGGCACCGCACAGGGCCGUCUCAGCAACGCCAGCCAGGCUGGUGGCUGCUCCAGCCACGGACACCCCAAGACCUGCACCCUGCUGUCAGAGAUCAGAGCCGCGCUGCAGUCGGCACAACGGGAGAUCCUGCACGCUGCAGACACCCUGGCUACCACGGAGAUUCCCCAGGAAAUCCCUCAGCAGCUCACAAACUGGAGCCGCCGGGCGCUGGAGGCACGGGCACUGGCCAUAAGCCAUGAGGAUGCCUUGGUGCAUGUGGAGGCAGUGGUCGGGAGAGCGCUGCGCGCCUCCAACGCCAGCUCCGAGCUCCUGCGGAGCCUGAUGGAGGGGAAUGGGACGCAGGAUGUGCAGCGUGAGCUGGAGGCCGGGUAUGAGGAAAUCCAGCGGGCACGGGAUGAGCUGGGUGCUAGUGUGGCUGAGGUGGCAGCGGAGGCCAGGAGAGCUUUAACAGCCGUGCAGCAGGCGAAUGCAGACAUGGCCGAGCAACUUCUGCAGGUGUCUGCACUGGGGCAGCAGACGCUGCUGGUGCAGGCUGGAGAGCUGGUACAGGACACAGCGGCGCUGGAGCAGGCAGUGGAGGCGCAGGAGCCAUCAGCUCUGCAGGCCAUGGAGGCAUCUCGUGCUCUGGCAGCCAGACUGCACCAGGAGCUGCAGAGGAUUCGGGGCUUCAAGCAGCUGCAGGACCAGGCUGGCUCUGCCCAUGGCACAGCCACAUUGGCCAUCUCCCAUGGGAAAGCUGUGCUCUCCGAUGCAGAGUCCCUCUUGGCCAGCGUGGAAGGCAUGAGGAAGGUGCUGGGGCAUCGGAAGGGCCAGGCUGCCCUGCACAGGAGGAUGGCGCUUGUGCGGGAUAGGACGGUGGUGGAGGCCCAGAGGAAGAUUAAACAGGCAGAGAAGACACUGGGAACCUCCUUAUCCAUCUCCACUGCAGCCCAGAGGACAGCCGGGGAGGCUGAGCGAGUCGCUGGGGAGAGCGCCAAGAGAGCACAGGCUGUGCUGCAGGAGAGCAAGCGUGCCUGCAAGCACUCCAGCCAGCUUGCUGUGCGUGCCAAUGAGACCCAGCGGGAGCUCUCCCGGCAGGAGCAUGUGGCUGAGAAGCUCAGGAGGGACCUGGAGGAUGCACAUCAGGUGGGGACAGAGGUGAAUGACAUGGCAAAAAGUCUCCAGGAAGCCCGGGGCUCACUCACUGCAGACAUCGAGACCCUGAACGACCUGCUGCAGAGCCUAGGUAACCUGGAGCUGGCUGUGCCGGUGGACGCGGUGCUGAGCGCCGGGUGGCUGCAGCUGCAGCAGCUGCGGCUGCGUGUGGCCGCACCGGGCGCCCUGGCUGGGCAGCUCAGCCUGCUGCAGCAGGAGGCUGCACGGCAGCAGGAGAAGAUCCAGGCGGUGGAGAGCGACCUGGCUGAGAUCCGGGCUGACAAGCAGAACCUGGAGGACAUCCUGCGGAGCCUCCCCGAGGGCUGCUCGCAGUGGCAGUGACAGUGACAGGUCCAUGGCGGCUGCUCCAUCACAUCCGUGCUCCCCUGCAGAGCGAAGGACACCCUGUGCUCACCAGCAUCG